GUGGGAGACGCACCUGGCUUAGGGGUGAGAGGCCCUGAACACUGUCGCCAAGGGACUUCAUGGAGUCUGAGGCAUGCUGUUCCUCAGGACUUGACACUACUAUAGCCUGUUCAGAAUCAGAACCUGUAUCAUCAAUGAAGAAAAAUGCCCAUGUUCUCGUGGGAGUCACUGGGAGUGUGGCUGCCUUAAAGCUGCCUCUUCUGGUUGCUGGCCUUUUAGAGAUUCCAGGGUUGGAAGUGGCGGUGGUGACUACUGAGAGAGCAAAACAUUUCUACAAUCCUGGUGAUGUUCCUGUCACCCUCUAUAGUGACACUGAUGAAUGGGAGAUGUGGAAGGGCCGCUCUGACCCCGUCCUGCACAUUGACCUUCGGAGAUGGGCAGACCUCAUGGUGGUUGCUCCUCUCGAUGCUAACACGCUGGGAAAGGUGGCCAGUGGCAUCUGUGACAACUUGCUGACCUGUGUCAUCCGGGCCUGGGACCGAGCAAAGCCCCUUCUCUUCUGCCCGGCCAUGAACACUGCCAUGUGGGAGCAUCCUGUCACAGCCCAUAAUGUGGAGCAGCUAAAGGGCUUUGGUUAUACUGAAGUCCCCUGUGUGGCCAAGAAACUCGCAUGUGGAGAUGAAGGUUUGGGGGCCAUGGCCGAAGUAUGGACAAUUUUGGGGAAAGUGAAAGAAAUCCUUUUGGAGCGGGACUUGCUACUUCAGAGUUGAGCCAAGAAACGGCUCAUACACCAGUCUGUGCUCAGCCAGUUUUCCAGGAAGAAGAAACAGUAACACUGACAAGACUUCUGCUGUGAGCAGUCCAGUCCUAGGUGGAGUCUGGGCUCAUCUCAGCCUCUAGUCAGAAAGUGGCCAGGAUGAACUGGGGUUUCUCAGGCUUAGGUCUGACCCGGGGCCAGUCUCGAACAUCACUUGCCCGGGAUUGGUACCUCUUCCCAGGAGCAAACUGGCUACCAGAGCAGGGAUCCAGUGCCAUUUGGAUUUCUUUUUUGACUCCUAUGGGGGUGCAAAUGGCAAUCCUUUCCAGCCACCUUGCUCUAGCACUGCCUUUGGGUAAGACAGUCAGGUGGUCUGAUCGUCUUUUGGAUUGUUUUCCUUGAAUGUGGGAAAGCUCUUGUUCAUCACAGUGUCUCAUCUGCAUUGGAGGGUUGAGAAAUUGAGAUAAAAGAAUUAUGUGCAUCAUAAA